AUGCUCGGCGCAGCUAUGCACAAGGCGCUGAGCUACGCGGCGACCCGAAGAAGAUGCCGAGACUUUAAAAUCAUCUGCGAGCAGAGAAAUGACAAAUGGCUAGUCGGCAUCGGGGACGACGGGGAAGGAUUUCUGUUCGAAUCCAUCGAGGAGGAAAAAUCGUGGCUGUCAGCAUUUGUAUCGAACGGCAUCUGCCAGAAUGCCAGGAUGGCUGAUGAUGACGAAAAAACUGAGGGGGAGUUUUCUUCAUUUCAAACUGUUGGCACUCAGUCAUCGAAUAUCCUAAUUUUGACCUUCGAUGGAUCUGUUGGAUGUCUGCAAGGACAUGCUGCACUAGAAGAGUUCUGUGUGCUUCUGCAGCGCCUGAAUCCAGCCACAGUCGGUAUGUGUGAGGCUUAA